AUGGCGGUCUCCGAGAAGUUUGACGCAUCCCGCAAUCGUCCAACGGCGGACUCAUUUGAUAUAGAAAAAAGGCAACCCGUUGUCGAAGUCAGCGAUGCAGAUCUAUCAGAAAUUUUAGAGACCCUCCGCGAAACCAUCAAGGAGCACGAGCUAGACCCUAAUUUCCCACCCGAGAUACUCAACUCUGCCCGUGCUGCACUGCGAGAAUCCCCCAACAAGCUACAGGCGCAUCUUCUCCAGGGCCUUGUAGCCGAGAUCCAGGCUGAGCGCGAUCUUCUGCUUAACGACUCACCCUACGCUGAAGUUCGCGCCGUCGUCGACAACACCGAUGAUCCCUCUACACCGGUCAACACCUUCCGCGCUUGGUUUCUGGGAAUCCUCUUCACCAUCUUGGGCACAGGAAUCGAUCAAUUCUUCUCUUUGCGCUAUCCUGGAAUAUAUCUUUAUACUGUGGUUGCCCAGCUGCUUUCAUAUCCUUGCGGUCUUUUCCUCGCACGUGUCUUGCCCACCACCCCUAUCAAUGUUUUUGGAACGAAUUUCAGCCUUAACCCUGGCCCGUUCAACCAAAAGGAACACAUGCUCAUUUCAAUCAUGUCCAAUGUUGCAUAUGGAGGUCUCAAUGGAACCGCCUACGUGACUUCCAUCUUCCAGGUCUUGAAAUUGGAUAUGUUUUAUGGAAUGAAGGAACUAGCCGACAGCGCGGGCUUUCAGAUCCUGCUCACACUGUCUACCCAAUUGAUCGGAUAUGGAUGUGCCGGAAUCGCCCGCCGGUUCUUGAUUGCCCUGAACCGAGCCUUACACAAUGACGACAACUCUGGCUCGGCGAAUGGAUGGACUAUGUCUCGCUAUCGCUUCUUUCUGUACUGCUUUGGUGGAAUGUUCUUUUACUUCUGGUUCCCGGACUACAUCUUCCAGGCCAUGUCGUAUUUCAAUUGGAUGACUUGGAUCGCUCCCCAGAAUGUCAAACUGGCUAUCAUCACCGGAUCUAUUGGCGGUUUAGGGUUCAAUCCCCUUCCUACGUUUGACUGGAAUGUUGUCUCAUAUGCAUUUGACCCUAUUGUCACUCCAUUUUUCUCUUUGUUGAACAACGUGUUCGGGAUGGCUGUGGUGGGCAUUGUGGUUAUUCUGCCUGUUUACUUCUGCAAUGUGUGGAACACUGCCUACCUCCCCAUUAAUAGCAACGAUAUCUUUGACAACACUGGAAACGACUACAACGUCAGUCGGAUUCUUUCAUCGGAUUUUACCCUCGACGUCGAGGCCUAUGAGGCCUAUAGCCCGGCAUACCUUGGAGCUGCCAAUGCAGUUCUGUAUUCUGCCUUCUUUGCCAUCUAUUUGGCAACACUGGUGUAUGCAGCGCUAUAUUAUCACCGUGAAAUCCUUAGUGGUUUCCGCGCUGUUAUGAAGUGGAAGAAUGCCAGGGACGAAUACAAUGACGUCCACAACCGACUGAUGCGCCAAUACAAGGAGGCUCCAGAAUGGUGGUAUCUGACCAUCUUGGCCAUUGCAUUUGCCAUGGGAUGCAUAUGCUGCAAGGUCUACGAUACGGGCAUGCCGAUUUGGGGAAUCGUGGUUGGGUUGCUGCUCUGCGUUUUCUUGCAGAUCCCCAUUGGUAUCGUCAUGGGUGUUACCAAUAUUGAGGUCACUAAUAAUGUCAUCGCCGAGUUCAUUGGUGGUUAUGCUGUGCCUAACAACCCAGUCGCAAAUAUGAUCUUCAAGUCCUAUGGCUAUAUUGCCGCGGCCCAAUCGGUGCAAUUUGUGGCCGACCUUAAAUUGGGGCACUACAUGAAGAUUCCUCCGCGCACCAUGUUUAUUGCGCAGACUAUCGCCACCAUUGUCGCUGGUUUUGUGUCAAUUGGUGUCAAUGCCUGGCAGCUUUCUAAUAUCAACGACGUGUGCUCUGCGGAUCAAUCUGCUAACUUUACAUGCCCUGCGCGUAUCUAUGGUGACAGUGGCAUCUAUCACCCUCUGGAGUGGGGCUUCCUAGUUGGCGCAUUACUUCCAAUCCCCUUCUACUUCCUUGCCAGGCGCUAUCCCAAUUCCUGGGUUCGCUACAUCCACAUCCCAAUCAUGUUGAACGGGGCCCUUUGGUGGGCUCCUUAUAACUUCACCUACGCUUGGCCAUCCCUUGUUGUCGGGUUUGGUGUCAAUUACUACGUAAAGCACCACUAUGAGAGGUGGUGGCAGAAGUAUGCGUAUGUGAUGACUUCUUCUUUCUCGUGUGGCAUUGGCAUCGCAGGAUUGAUUAUCUUCUUUGCUGUACAGUUCCAUGCUGUCGAUAUCAACUGGUGGGGAAACACGGUGUCCUAUGCUGGCUGUGAUAACGAUGGUUGUGCUUUGUUGCCAAUUCCUGAGAUUGGCCAUUUCUAG